AUGAAGCGUCAAGCCGACAAGCAAAUCGCAAGGGAUGACCGCGAGGAGGAAGAAAUUGAGGAGAACCCUGGGCAAGGGUUCAAGAAGGCGGAUGAGAAUGUUUUGGCUACGAGGGUGAUUCGUGGCCUUCCUAAACGCGGAGGAGCCCGCGCACCCGACAAUAUACCAUCACCCACCUCUUCACCUCUUGCACCGGCUUCAACUCCGGGUAUAACCACAUUCAACACUGGCCCUAUUGGGACACCUGUGACAAGUUCACCUUUCUCCACUGGAGUUGCAUUUAAGACAACUACAGAGACAGGAGACAAGCUUCCCAAUGCUUCGAAUAACUUCUUCUCUGUAAAACCUUCAUUUUCCCCUUUUACAACCACACUAUCCCAGCCUUCGUCAGGGUUUUCUCCUUCAUCAAACCCCUUUUCUAACUCUCCGUCUUCCGCAAGUAAUACAUCAAAAACAUUUGCUUCGAUAAUCAGCAAUUCCAGCACGGCCAACCCGCUAAACCCAACUCCCCAGACUGCUCACAGUUCUAGCAGUGCAAAACCUUUCAAUGAUUCUGUUCCCGAAAAGUACUAUACAGAUCUCCGUGGGUUGAAUACAUCUGUUCUUUCCGCCAUUACGAAAACAGUGGAAAGUGAUCCCUUCAUCGACAUAUCGGAACUUUUAGAGCAGUAUAAAACCCUCCGCUUGAAAAUCCAAAAAGAUUUCGACGAAUCAUCCAGUCUGGACCCAAAGCCCACUCCAAAGAGUGAUAUGUCGGCACCAGUAGUAAGUAACACACCUGCCAUGCCUGUUCCUCCAGCUUCAUUUACGGGUUUCAACGCCGGGAAAACAACGACAAUGAGCCCUACGCCGGCCACCACUGGGUCUCCCAAGAGUAGUCUGUUCGAUUUUAAAGCAAUUGGUUCUGGUGCAUCAAAUCCUUUUGCAGUGGCAAAAGAUGCUACGGCUACCCCUAGCGUAUUCGGAAACUCGUCAUCAACCACGCCGAUUGCAUCCUCUGCCACUCCUCCUCCUACUGUGCCAUCUUUCUUUGCUUUCAGUGAUUCAUCGACCAAAACAUCUACAUCCUCGCCUUUUGGUACUUUUGGUAACCCCGCACCUUCUGUAUUCAAUGUGGGAGGCACGUCUACUUCAACCUCCAAUACGAAGUCAGUAUUCGGUUCUUUGCCGACAAAGGCAACCACUCCGUUUGGUGGGUUCGGAUCAACUCCUACCGAUAAAUCCGACAAGCCUACAUCCUUCAAUCCCUUUGGUGGCCCAGACAAGCCGCCGGGAAGUUUCACAUUUGGGAAACCUUCUCCUUCCACUGAGGCUCCCAAGACCGCCUCCUUAUUUGGAUCUGGAAAUUCAGCAUCAACAUUUGGAGGAGAAAAAUCAUCUACUGAAAACACGACAGUUGAGAAGCCUACUUCAGACGAUGCUACACCUCAGACAACUGUGGACAAUGCUUCACCCACAACUACAGAAGGAGCCGAUCCAGCUACGUCGGGUUUAAUGGCCAGUAUUAACCCUCAUGAUGAAGAUGGAGAGGGCGAGGAAAACGAAGAGACAACUCAUAGUUCAAGAUUGAAAGCCUACAAACUAACUAAGGAUGCUGAGGGCUCUAUGAAAUGGGUGAACAUUGGAUCUGGCCUUUUGAAAUUGAAAAAAGACAAGACUAGUGGAGCACGUCGGGUGCUGUUACGAAAUAGUACAAACGGGAAAGUCAUUAUGAAUUUCAAUUUGUACUCGGGUCUCAAACCCACACAAACCAAGAACUCCGUGACGUUCAUGGGCCAUGAUGCGGGAACUUCUCAAACGUACUCUGUGCGUAUGCCGACUGAAACCGAUGCCCAAGAACUUAAGGGAGCUCUUGAGCGAGAAAUCGCAUUCGUCAAAGCCAAAGAACCUUGA